AUGCAAAGCCAGGAAGAAGCCAUACUUGUCUCAGGCCAACAAGAAAAAACGACUGGAAUUUGCAAAAAAAACCAUGAAAAUUGGACACCUGAUGAUUGGGGCAAAAUUGUUUGGUCUGACGUUGAGAUUUUUGGCACCUCUGGAGCGGUUUAUGUUCGCCCCUCUCUCACACUAAUCCCUCUCCCUGCACACUUUCCCGCUGUUUCUGUUUCCUUUGGCCUCUAUUCUCUUACUUUUCUCUCCCUUUUAUUCUCUGUCUCUAUUUCGCUUGACAUCUCUCUUACUUUUCUCGUCCCUUCUUUCUCAGUCUCUGUCCCUUGGCCCCUCUCACUGGAUACUCACUUCCUUCCUUCUCUUUCUCUCUCUCUCUCUCUCUCUCUCUCUCUCUGUGUGUCUCUAUUUCCCUUAGCCUCUCUCUCACUAUUCCUUCUCCUUUCUCUCUUUCCAAUGAAAUAG